UGGUGUAUGAGCCAUACUCACGAAGAAAGGGAAGAAGAAGACGCUGCCAAACAUGGGCAAAACAGGGCUGUAAGCUCGCUGUGUUAGCUUCAUAAGUGGGCGUAUGAGCUAGCUAGUUUGUGAAAAAUAACGAGCUAAUUACUUUUGGGAACAAUAUCCCUUAACAGGAUGAUAUUGUUGUACUUCAGAUUCUAUAACAAAAAGUGCAUUCAACACCGAGAAAAGAUAACUUCACUCACUUUCCGCACUGCUUGUUGGCAACAGUCAGAGCUGGCUAGGUUGCAAGAGGUAGGAGAGAGUGAAGGGUGAAGGGGUUGAUCCAUAAGGAGCGCAGACAAGAUGUCAGUGGAGUCCCCCCUGCCACCACCACCACCUCCUCCUCCAGGGCCACCACCUCCUCCAGCCACACCGGCCAAGAAGAAGCUGUAUCAGACCAUAGCCAGUUGCAGGAGUCCAGUGGAGGGGAACCAUACAGAGGCCCGCUUACUGCUCAGUCAGAGGGAGAGCAGUUUUAGGAAGGACUUGCAGUGGAUACUGGUGAACACAUAUGUGCCCUCCCUCAUUCAAGAUGGUCCACAGUGUGGCCUGGUGGCUCUGUGGAUGUCCGCUCACCUUCGACAGCCCCAGCUGAGUAUUGCCAUGGAAACUGUUGUUCAGACGGCUCUCAGCAGGGGAUACACAGCACAGGGGGAAAUGUUUUCAGUUGACCACAUGGCCCUGCUGGCAGAGGAGGUUUGUGGCUGUAAGGCAGAGCUGCUGUCAGGGGGGUUAAGUGGUAACAAUGCUGCAGCCAUCAUCGCACACCUGUGGGGGAGACAGCCUGUCCUCAUCCCAUAUGAUGAGGACUACAAUCAUGAGCCGUGCCAGCGCAGCGGACACAGGGCACACUGGGCCGUUGGUUCAGGUGUUCUCCUCGGUUUGGACCAGGGGAGCGUAAGCAAAGAGCACAUUCAGCCUGAUCCCACUCUGCCCUGGCUCUACCUUGCCGUGGACAGCAGCUUUUCCUGUCCUGUUGGUAGCAAAGCGGUCAAAGAGGUCUACAUCCUGGCUAAGCAGGGCAAAAGUCUGCACUACCAGCUGUGGAGCUUGGACAGCGUAGCUCAGAGCAACCAGCAGCUGAAGAAGAUGGACCCUCAUAGAGCUAAUGACGGGACCCAGUACGUGGUUCCUCAGGGAGGGGUUGAAGCUGGGCUGGCUGGAAAGGCGGUGUUGCUCCACACAAGGACACAGAAGCAACAAUGAGUGUGACACAUUACUCUUAUCUGUAAAACUAAGUAAACAAGCGACAGUUUCUGAGACUCCUAACACACUGAUCUGUUGAGAGGCGUAACAGUGUACCCUCAUCCAAUCCAAUGCGAUUAAUACCACAGUUAAACCCCAAAUCUGGAACUGCCCGACUUCCACAAGUUUUGGAAUUUGUCCCAAAGGGCUUUAGAGUAAUGAUACAGGACUGUGCUAGAGUUCUGAU